AUGAGGCAGAAGCACUACCUCGAGGCUGCGGCGCGCAAACUGCAGGCUCGCUGCCCGGGCCAGGCCCGCUAUCUCCUCUGGGCCUUCAGUUCGUCACAAGAUGCUAAAAGCACUUUUGAAGGAACAUGUCCAUACUGUUUCCAGUUGCUUAUUCUGGAUAAUUCUCGAGUACGCCUCAAACCCAAGUCCAAACUGACACCAAGAAUACAGAAACUUCUUAAUCGAGAAGCAAGAAAUUGUACACUCAGCUUUAAAGAAGCAAAAAUUGUGAAAAAGUACCAAGACUCCAAAAGUGUACUGUUGGUUACUUGUAAAACAUGCAACAAAACAGUUAAACAUCCUGGUAAGAGUAGAAGCUUCCUGUCAGCCCUGAGGAGCAGUCCUGCCACGCCUGCGAGGCAGCUCAGCCUGAAGACUCCCGAGAGAAGGUCCCUGGGCUCUGCAAACCUAAAGCUCAGGCUGUCCGGUUCCAAAGGCAAGAGCCCAACAUGGACUUUCAGAACACCUACAUCUGGACAGUCGACACCCACCUGCUCCUCAAAAACUGUAAACAGAACAAAGAAACACUUCUCUCAACUAAAAAUGUUACUUAGCCAGAGUGAAUCCAAAAAGAAUUCAAAGGUGGACUUCAGAAAUUUCUUAUCUUCUUUGUAA